CUGACCCUGGGCUCUGACCACAGCUUCUGAACAAGCUGGAAAAUACGAAAAAAUAAUUUUACAAUGCGGUAAUGUAUAUAUGACUAAUAAAAGAUAUUAUUUAAUUCUUCUUGACUCGGUUUUAUUCUAUUCUAUUGUAUUUUGUUCUGCUCCAUUCCACUGUAUUCCGUUCUAUUUUGUUUUUCUCUAUUCGGUUUAAUUGUUUUACUCAAUUCUAUUUAAUGUACAGUAUGUGUUUAAUAAUGAUAGUAAUAGAUGUUAGAGAGGUGAAGAUUAAAUAUGUAGUGAGAUGUUGUUGUCUCUCCUUGUAAAGUGCACGGUUACUGUUGUGCAGAGUUUUAAUUAUUAAGUUAUAACAAAGACUAGCCAGUUUUAUUCGGCUCCUUCGUGUAAGGGAGUCGGUUCGGGGUGAAUCGACUCGCAUAUGUCGAGUCGUCCGGACAGAAAGCGAUUCGCUCGCGAUUCGCCCAUCACUGGUGUCGUGUAAUUUUUUGUUUUUUUUUCUCGCACCGAGGCGACAUCAUGGCAACACCCGCCGCCGUCAAUCCGUCCGAGAUGGGCACAGAUCUUCCUGGUCCGGUAACAAUGGCAGGUGCUGUUGUGGGUGCAGGGCAGGUGAGAAUGGGGGGCAACAUGCCAGGACGAGGGGGCAAGAGGAGAUCUACAGGGAUGGACUUUGACGAUGAAGAUGGUGAAGGGCCGAGCAAAUUUUCAAGGUAUGAUGAUGAUCAAAUGCCUGCUGAUAAAGAACGUUAUGCAAGAGAGAACCACAGUGAGAUCGAGCGACGCCGACGGAAUAAAAUGACGCAGUACAUCACCGAGCUGUCAGACAUGGUGCCCACCUGUAGUGCGCUGGCCAGGAAACCCGACAAGCUCACCAUCUUACGUAUGGCCGUGUCACACAUGAAGUCCAUGAGAGGAACUGGCAACACGUCCACUGAUGGAGCCUACAAGCCCUCCUUCCUCACCGAGCAGGAGCUGAAGCACUUGAUCCUGGAGGCGGCUGAUGGCUUCCUGUUUGUGGUGGCUGCAGAGACGGGCCGUGUGAUCUAUGUGUCAGACUCAGUGACCCCCGUGCUGAACCAUCCUCAGUCCGAGUGGUUUGGGAGCACUCUGUACGAGCAGGUCCACCCUGACGAUGUGGACAAACUCCGCGAGCAGCUCAGCACCUCUGAGAACUCCAUGACUGGCCGAAUUCUGGACCUGAAGACAGGGACAGUGAAGAAGGAGGGACAGCAGUCUUCAAUGAGGAUGUGUAUGGGCUCCAGACGCUCCUUUAUCUGUAGAUUGAGGUGUGGCAGCGCUCCUCUGGAUCACAUCUCUCUCAAUCGCCUCUCGAGUAUGCGAAAGAGAUACAGGAACGGACUCGGACCGUCAAAGGAAGGCGAGGCUCAGUAUUCAGUGGUGCACUGCACUGGCUAUAUCAAGGCCUGGCCCCCUGCAGGAAUGACAAUCCCGGAUGACGAUUCAGAAGCGGGCCAAACCAGUAAAUAUUGUCUGGUUGCAAUUGGAAGACUUCAGGUGACCAGUUCUCCGGUUUCUAUGGACUUGAACGGGCUUUCGGUGCCCACAGAGUUUUUGUCCCGUCACAACUCGGAUGGCAUCAUCACCUUCGUGGAUCCCCGCUGCAUUAACGUGAUCGGCUACCAGCCGCAGGAUUUGCUUGGAAAAGACAUUCUGGAGUUUUGUCAUCCUGAGGAUCAGAGCCACCUAAGGGAGAGCUUCCAACAGGUUGUGAAGCUGAAAGGUCAGGUCUUAUCAGUCAUGUAUCGUUUCCGGAUGAAGAAUCGUGAAUGGAUGCUGAUCAGAACGAGCAGCUUCACCUUCCAGAAUCCAUACUCGGACGAGAUUGAGUACAUCAUCUGCACUAACACAAAUGUCAAGCAACUCCAGCAACAGCAGCAGGCAGAACUGGAGGUCCAUCAGAGAGACGGCUUGACAGCAUAUGAUCUCUCACAGGUGCCAGUGGGCGGCGUGGCAGGAGGUGUACACGAAGCAGGAAAGAGCAUUGACAAAACGGAGACCCUGUUUUCUCAGGAGAGAGAUCCACGUUUCGGGGACAUGUACACAGGAAUCUCUGGCUCGGAUAAGAAGAUGAUGGUGCCCUCGUCUACUGCAGGAGGACAACAGCUAUAUUCCCAGGGUAGUCCUUUCCAACCAGGACACUCAGGCAAGAACUUCAGCUCCUCUGUGAUUCACGUUCCCGGAGUAAACGACAUCCAGUCAUCUGCCGGUUCAGCGGGUCAGAAUUUGGCUCAGAUUUCCCGGCAGAUUAACUCCAGUCAGGUGCAGUGGUCAGGCAGCAGGCCACCGUUCUCUGGCCAGCAGCUCCCGGCUCAGUCCAGUAAGGCUCAGUCUUCUCCAUUUGCCAUCGGCUCAAGCCACAGCUACCAGGCCGACCCGUCCUCUUACAGCCCGCUGUCCAGCCCAGCAACUUCUUCCCCCAGUGGUAACGCCUAUUCCAGUCUGACCAAUCGCAGCACUGCAUUUGAUGUCGCAGGUGAGGGCAGUCAGAGCGGGGCUCAGUUUCAGGGUCGGCCGUCCGAGGUUUGGUCUCAGUGGCAGAGUCAGCACCACAGCCAGCAGAGCGGAGAGCAACACACACACACUCAGCCCAGCCAAUCUGAGGUGUUCCAGGACAUGUUGCCUAUGACUGGAGACCCCACGCAAGGAACAGCCAACUACAACAUCGAAGAUUUUGCCGAUUUGGGCAUGUUUCCUCCUUUUUCUGAGUAACAGGAAACUGAAUUGUUUCUGGGUCAUUUUGUUUUUCUAGUUUUCAUGAUCAUUAUCAGCAUCAUCAUCGUCAUCAAGAUAAAUAAGUCAAACUCUUACUAACUGUUACGGCACAUUCACUGAUGAAGAGGAAAUUAUAUUGAAUUUCACUGCCACAUUGCAUAUUGUGCAUCUCUGAACCUAAAACAAACAGACAACUUCCUGUAAAACAUGACACAUAUACAUAUCAUGGUUCUUUUUCAGUACAAGUAUGAGCUGUCUAUCUCAUGACUGAUU